AUGUCUUUAGUUGAAAGUAAUAGUAAAAAUAGUUGUAGUAAUGUUGAUAUAAAUAUUGUAUAUAGAGUAUUUAGAAAUAAAUAUGUUAUAAAGAGAAUUUUUAGUUUUGUAAGAUAUUGCAGAGUGGAUUCUGAAAUACUCGUUGCUUGGCCUACUCAAAGACAAACUGAAACAAUCUCUAGAGAAUCAAAAGAAUCGAAAAGUCUAUCAUAA